GCCGGGAGGAGAGGAAGACCUGCCGGGGUGCGCUCAGACACUUUCCGACGCUGGGACCGUGGCUGCCAGGUGCCGGGCAGUGAGGACGCACACCCGACGGGGCGGCUGGGCGAGGAGGUGCCCGGUGCCUCCGGCUCUCCCCAUGGGGCUCCUCGCGGUGGCCCUCCUGCUGUGUGGGUCCGUGGACGUGGUGACCCUCCUGGUCCCGGAGCUCCCAGGUCCGUCCACCGUGGCACCGACGCCCCGUCUACACCUGAGGUUCAACCCGAGGACGAUGACACUAUCUUGGAACUGCGAAGAAAACUCCACCAGCACCAGGUGCCUGAUGGUCCCCGACCGGAACGGACCGAUCGAAAAGACGCCCAGGAAGAACGAGUGUAGCUGCACCUUCCAGGCCCGUCCUCUGCACGGAGGCGCCACGUUCCAGGUCCAGAUUGAAACCAGUCACAGGUGGUUCCAAGAAAGAUUGCUCUACGAGAAUCCAGGAGCGGAGGGCACGGGCGCCGAGAACUUCUCCUGCGUCAUCUACGAGGCCGACUUCAUGAACUGCACCUGGGAGAAGGGCCCCGCGGCCCCCGCCGACAUCCAGUACUUCCUGUACAUCCGGGACACGAAGGGCAGGAAGGAAAGGGAAUGUCCCCAUUACAUGCGUGCCUCGGGCACACACGUGGGCUGUCACCUGGAUGACCUGUCCGCCAUCCCCUUCUGGAACUACUUCCUGGUGAACGGGAGCAGCCGGGGGCCCGCGAUCCGGUUCUUCGACUCCGUGCUGUCCAUGAAGGACAUGGAGCGGCACAGCCCCCCGGCCAACGUCACCGUCCACUGCAACGCCUCGGACUGCCUCGUCGGCUGGAGGCAGCCCCGGACCAAGCAGAGACUGUCCCCGUGGGAUUUCCAGUACCAGCUGGACAUCCAGCGGCAGAACGUGGAACCCUACAUUCGAAACCCAUUGAUCGACGUGGCCGGCGAUGGGAGAAACCAGUACUGCUUCCCCAGCCCUGAGCCCCGAGCCAAGCACACCGUGAGGGUCAGAGCCGCGGAUGCCCGCGCCCUGCAGUGGAGCGCCUGGAGCCAGCCCGUUGAGUUCGGCGCACGCGCCCCGUGCGAAAAAAAGACAACCUAAAAAAAAUGAAAGAGACUUGGCGUGUUUCCUCCUAACCAAGACAGAGCUGUUUCAGGCAGCCGAAGGACCGGCCCGGCUUCCUUCCUCAUUUCUUGGUAACACGCGUGUUAGCCUGACCCAGCGUGUUGCUCAAAUAGUUCAGUUGUUCCCCGAGUCCUUUCUGAUGUGAAAAAAUAAAUUAAAAAAAGUGGAAUUCAUAUGA